GGGCCGGCUGGGAAGCCGGACCCGGGAGCCUGCGCGGAAGCCCUGCGGAGGGCUGGUGGCGCGGGCGCGGCUUCCGGGCCAUGGCGGAGAGGCCGGGCCAAGAUGCCGACUCGGCUCCUAAGCCGACCGUGUUGUUCCUGCACCCAGACCUGGGCGUGGGCGGCGCCGAGCGCCUGGUGCUCGACGCCGCGCUGGCGCUGCAGGCGCGCGGGUGUCGCGUGAAGAUCUGGACGGCGCACUACGACCCGGGCCACUGCUUCGCGGAGAGCCGCGAGCUGCCGGUGCGCUGCGCCGGGGACUGGCUGCCUCGCAGCCUGGGCUGGGGCGGCCGCGGCGCCGCCGUCUGCGCCUACGUGCGCAUGAUCUUCCUGGCUCUCUACGUGCUGUUCCUGGGCGAUGAGGAGUUCGACGUGGUCGUGUGCGACCAGGUGUCUGCCUGCAUCCCCGUGUUCAAGCUGGCCAGACGGCGUAAGAAGAUCUUGUUUUACUGUCACUUCCCAGAUCUGCUUCUCACCAGGAGAGACUCUUUUAUUAAACGCCUGUACAGGGCCCCGAUUGACUGGGUAGAGGAGUAUACCACGGGCAUGGCGGACUGCAUCUUGGUCAACAGCCGAUUCACAGCUGCCAUUUUCAAGGAAACGUUCAAGUCCCUGUCUCACAUAGACCCUGCCGUCCUCUACCCAUCUCUGAAUGUCGUCAGCUUUGAUUCUGCUAUUCCUGAAAAGCUUGAUGACAUCGUCCCCCAGGGGAAAAAAUUCAUAUUCCUCUCUAUCAACAGAUAUGAAAGGAAGAAAAAUCUGACUUUGGCCCUAGAAGCCCUUGUAAAGCUGCGUGGAAGACUGACGUCCCAAGAUUGGGACAGAGUUCAUCUGAUCAUUGCCGGUGGUUAUGAUGAGAGAGUCCCGGAGAAUGUACAGCACUACCAGGAAUUGAAGAAAAUGGCCCAGCAGUCUGACCUGGGUCAGUGUGUGACCUUCCUACGGUCUUGCUCCGACGAACAGAAAAUCUCACUCCUCCGAGGCUGCACGUGUGUGCUUUACACACCGAGCAAUGAGCACUUUGGCAUCGUUCCCUUGGAGGCCAUGUACAUGCAGUGCCCAGUCAUCGCUGUUAAUUCAGGCGGGCCCUUGGAGUCCAUCGUCCACAGUGUCACAGGAUUUCUGUGUGACCCUGACCCAGAGCACUUCUCAGAAGCAAUAGAAAAGUUCAUCCAUGAACCUUCCUUAAAAGCCACAAUGGGACUAGCUGGGAGAAACAGGGUGAAAGAGAAGUUUUCCCCUGAAGCAUUUACCGAACAGCUUUACCAAUAUGUCACCAAACUGCUGGUAUAAUCGUAUUUUUUUUUUAAGUCUUUAUGCUGUAUUCAUUAAUAUCACAUUUGUAGAUGAUACACCCAGUUUUGAAACCAAAGAAAAAAACCUAGUGUCUAGUACAGAAGAAAAGUUUUUUAAAUAUACUUGAAUCUGAGUCACUUUCCUCUACCCCAUACCUCCCAGACUACUUUUUCAGAAAAACAAUAUCUUUUAUGCUAUAAUAAUUCUGAGUAUUACCAAUAGUGAUUAAGAUAUAAAUGUGGUACAGUUCCAUGUUCAGCAGAAUAUUUUAAUUAUAUGUUCUCUAGAUUAUUGUUAGUCUACUUACAAACUUUGAGUCAUACUGUGCCUUAUUUGGUUUUAAUACUUAAAGUGUAUCAUCAAGGUUGAUUAAUUUGGCUUCAUGAGAAGACAAUUACUGUAGUUCCUAGAAUCAGUCCCCCUCAGUGUUCAGUGACCUCUGUGAGGAAAUUUUUGUUAGUCAUACCUUUGCCUGGAUCCAUAGCCAAGAAUGCGCUGUGUUUUUUGUCUUUUUACGAAGAUGAUUUGUGUUUUGCACACAGAUACGAUAAUAAAAGAUAUUUAUCAUAGGAAGAGAAAAAAAUACUAGAUUUCAGCCUCUGUGAUCUAUUAUGUUGUAUUAGGAAUGUAGACAGCCAAGCCUUAAGUCAGAAACUAGAGUAACUGGAUACUGGAAUGAAUGGCUCUUGUCACGCAUGUGGUAUAUAUUUUGUUUAGGGCAGUGCAGCAGACCUGGGUUUGAUCCCUGGGUCAGGAAGAUCCCCUGGAGAAGGAAAUGGCAAACCACUCCAGUAUCCUGGCCUGGAAUAUCCCAUGGACCGAGGCGCCUGGGGGCGCUGCAGUCCGUGGGGUCACAAAGAGUUGGGCACAACUGAGCGAGUAACAGACUUUUGUUUCCUGGUGUCAUCUGAGUCGUCAGCUUCAUUAAUAUUCGUGUUUUAUUAAGUAGGCACCUACUGAAUGUAAGGCAGUAGUGUUUUUUAUCCUUCAAGGCCUAACUCAGAUGCCACUGCUGGGAAGCUUUCCUUGACGCUCCACCCAACUCCUGAACUGGAAGCAGCCUUCCCCAUCCACCUUUUCUGACGCUCUCAUAGCACUCAGCAGUCUUAAAGCUGGCUAUUUACCCGCUGGUCUGAGUGCAUAGGGGGCUCCCAUGAUGGACGGCUCAGUGGCAGAGACUCUGCCUGCCCGUGCAGGUGAUGCAGCCUCAACCCCUGGGUCGGGAAGUUCCCCUGGAGGAGGAAAUGGCAACCCACUCCAGUAUUCCUGCCUGGGAAAUCCCAUGGACAGAGGAGCCCGUGGGCUACCGUCCAUGAGGUUGCAAGAGCCAGAUACCACACCACCACCUAAGUACAAAUAAACAUAAACAGUUUUCAGUGUAUCUUUAAAGCAAAAUUCAUUUUUAAAAAAUAAUAAAGAUCACCGGCCAAAGGCUCCACAUUAAUCAACUCUAAGAGCAAAGACCUGAGAGCCUAAGUAACCGAUGUGACUUUAGGCAAAUUGCUUGAUCUCUAGCUCAGCUUCUUCAUCUGUAAAUGGAGUAACUAUUGUACUUUCCUCACAGGGUUGUGAUGAGUUAUCAUAUAUAUGUAAAGUACUUAAAAUAGUAGUUGGCACACAGUAUGGGCUAUGUAAAUGCUAGCUAUUUUUGCACUUUGGGGAUAUCAAAAAUUGCUACAGAAGUUCCACCUGGGUUCUGCUGCACCACUGUACUGUUCUUUGAGGUUCUUCAGAGGAUGGAGUUUCAGGUUGUGAUUUGUCAUGUCUGUCUAUAUGCCAGAAGUGUUUUAAUGAAAUGACUGUACCAGCAAGAA